CACUGAGGCCCAGAGAGAUGAAGGACCUACUUCUGAGCUGAGUUGGAGACUUGGUUUCAUCUUUGAGGCUGGAAAGCCAGAGAUCCAUGCCUUGGGGAGCCAUGGUGUGAUGGGAGAGACCCCGGUAUGGGUACCCAGCCUAUGCACAAAGGAUGCAGUCCACUACAGGGAAGCUCUGUCAGGUCGGGGAGUCGGCCGCAGCCCAAGGCGGGGCCUGGGGGACAGAGCCCAAUCUCAUGAGGGAGAGUCUUCUUCCCCCAUCCUAAGGAAGCAAGAGUCAGAAAAGAAGGGAGAUAAUGAAAAUGAGCUCGAAACGAAGACCCAGGCGAUGUGGGGUUGAAGACGCGAGUCUGGGCAGUUGACGGGAUUGUGCUCCGCCAAGCUCCUUCCUUUGAUUCCUACAGCCUCAGUUUCCCCUAGGGAAAGGCGACCACAUCUACAGCUUCCGUGACAUCUAGGAAGGCGCGGAGAUGUCACGGUCUCGAACCCCUGGGAAGAGCCCCGCCCCUUUCCCUUCGGAAAUAGUCUAGGGUCUUGGGGAAACUGAGGCUGGGGAGUGUGCUGGGUUGGAGGGGAAGAAGCACCGGGGGCAGGGACCCAGGCGUCCGGCUCCUGGCUUUGCCGCGGGGCGGGGCGGGAGCUUAGGGCUCCGCCUCCCCCCUUCCCUGCCCCCUCCCAACAGGCGCCUACACUUGUCUCUCUCCUCGGUUUGGGCAGCCCGGGCGGCCUCACACAGCCCGCGCGCCCUGGGCCCAGGCUGCGGCGGUCCAUGGCAGACCCCGCACCCCCAGCCCCGGCCGAGGCCCCUACGUCGGCCCCGGCCUCCGGCAAAAAGGAGCUGAAGAUCGUGAUCGUGGGGGACGGCGGCUGCGGGAAGACCUCGUUGCUGAUGGUUUAUAGCCAGGGGGCCUUCCCGGAGCACUACGCCCCUUCGGUCUUCGAAAAGUACACGACCAGCGUGACCCUGGGCAGCAAGGAGGUGAUCCUGAACCUCUACGAUACAGCAGGGCAGGAAGACUAUGACCGCCUUCGUCCGCUGUCUUACCAGAACACUCACCUCGUCCUCAUUUGCUAUGAUGUCAUGAACCCUACCAGUUAUGAAAAUGUGCUCAUUAAGUGGUACCCUGAGGUCACUCACUUCUGCCAUGGGACACCCAUGGUUCUCAUCGGCUGCAAGACUGACUUGCGAAAAGACAAGGAGCAGUUGCGGAAGCUCCGAGCUGCUGACCUAGAACCCAUCACCUAUGCCCAGGGUGAGAGUGCCUGCCAGCAGAUGAAAGCAGCCCUGUACCUGGAGUGUUCGGCCAAGUUCCGGGAAAACGUGGAGGACGUGUUCCGAGAGGCCACCAAGGUCGCCCUCAGUGCCCUCAAGAAGGCCCAACGAAAGAAGAAACGGCACAUCUGUCUGCUGCUAUGAUGGGAUCCCAGGUCCUGGACAGCCCCUGGACAGGCUGGGCCAACCAUCUUUGUCUCCCCUGUCUCCUAUGGAGCUAGCGGCUGGAGAGGGAGGGGGAGGGUGGCACCACUGCUGCUCUGGGAAGGGACCUUAGAUGUCAUCCCCAGGUGACUCCUUUCCUAGCUCUGAGUCAGCGCAGAGCAGGGUGCAGAAUGCCUCCCAUGGAACCCAUGACCCCGAAUGAUUCCCUUCCGCCCCGCUGGAGCCAACGGCUCCCAACCAGUCUCUCAGCUUUGACCCUUAUGUUGAAAAUGGGGCCCGGAGGCUGCCCGGCUCAGAUGAUCAAUCCACAUUCACUUAUUAAUAAGCACCUCCGUACCAGGCACUGUGCUAGGUGUUGGGGUUAAAAACAUGACGAGGUAAUCCCUGCUCUCAAAGAGCUUCCACUCUAUCAGGCACUGGGGAGAAAGGAGCCAUUGCUUGGGUCUAAGUGUCCACGUCCCGGCCGUUCAGGGGGCUGCACGGGCAGCUCUAUUUUUUCCCCCGAUCCCAGGGACAUAGGGGAGUGGGGGGUCAGCCAAGCUCCCUGGGUUAAGCACAGGACAAAUCUAGGGAGGACAUAAAGGAGGCCAGAUGUGGCCUCAGGUAGAAGGAAAAGCCCCCUGACACUCAAGAGUGUUGUGCUUGGAGAGAUCAGUGCCCAAGUCACUGGCAAGAUGGACGCUUUGCUGAGGUCUUCCUGUUCGUGUAGAGGUGGGCUAGCUGACUUCUGCAAUCCUGUCAUACUCCCAAGUCUCUUAGUCACCCAGCUGACACACAGGAUGCCUGCUGUCACAGGCAUGCCAAAGAGAGACUCUGGAAUUCCCAAAGCCCCUUUCUCACACCCCCUUGGCCACAUUCAAUUUGACAUUAAAAGCCACCACUGGUAAAAAA